AGAAGCAGCAGAAACAGAGUAGGACUGUUGGAGGAAUUUUCUGUUUUGUGGAUUCAUUCUCUAGUGGAUUAAUUUAUUCGUCUGCAUGAAUGAUGAAUAUGCGAAGAAAAAAACGAUGUGUCUGGAUACCAUUUUUUGCACUCCUUUGUCUCUGUGACUGGUCGGUUUCACAGAUAACGUAUUCGAUUUCCGAGGAAGUAAACAAAGGCACCGUCGUGGGGAAUAUCGCAAAGGAUUUAAACCUCAACCUAAAAGACAUCGAGACCAGGGAUCUACGUAUUGUAUCAGAUUUCAAAGAGACAUAUUUUGACGUGAAUUUACGGACAGGGAACCUAUUUGUUGAUGAAAGAAUAGACAGAGAAGAGCUUUGUCCAGAUAUGGUAAAAUGCUCCAUCAUAAUGCAAGCUGCUUUAAGUAAUCCAAUGAAUGUACAUCGCGUUGAGGUCGACAUUAUUGAUAUAAACGAUAACUCGCCCUUCUUUAUUGAGCAAUCACACGUAUUGAACAUCUCAGAAUCACUGUCACCGGGAGAACGCUAUCUUCUCCCUGCAGCAGUUGAUACGGACAUAGGAAGCAACGCGGUGAAGAGCUACAAGCUGAGUCAAAAUGCACAUUUUUCUCUUGAUGUUCAGAGCGGCGGAGAGCACAGUGUGUCGGCUGAGCUAGUGCUACAGCGGGUGUUGGAUAGAGAAAAGGAACCAGUAAUUAAUCUCAUUCUGACCGCUAUAGAUGGAGGUAAACCACCAAGAUCAGGGACUUUGCAGUUAACUGUUAAUGUAAUAGAUGUCAACGACAAUACCCCGGUAUUCACUAAUUCUCUUUAUAAAGUGCGCGUUGUAGAAAAUUCUGCACCUGGAGCAGUUGUUGUCAGAUUAAAUGCAACAGAUUUAGAUGAAGGCAUAAACAGUAAGAUCUUGUAUUUCUUCACCAAAAGGGGAAAUAUUGAUCCAUCCAUUAUUUUUGAUCUGAAUUCAGAAACGGGGGAAAUAACGGUAAAAGGGAACAUAGAUUAUGAAGAAACGCGUGCUUAUGAAUUAAGAGUUCAAGCAAUGGAUCAAGGAUCCUCUCCUCGUACUGCACAUGCUAAACUGCUGAUCGAAGUAAUUGAUCAGAAUGACAACGCUCCAGAAAUAUCUGUGACAUCACAGGUUACGCCUGUAAAUGAAGGCGCAGAAUUGGAGACAAUUGUUGCUUUUAUUACAGUGAACGAUAAAGAUGGUGGAACAAACGGCGCAACAAAAUGUAACGUAGUUGGAUCUGUUCCCUUUAAACUAAAAUCAAACUAUAAAAAUUACUAUUCGUUGGUAGUAAAUGGACCACUGGACAGAGAAAACAUUUCUAUUUUCAAUAUCAGUAUUAUAGCUACUGAUGAAGGAAAUCCACCGCUAUCCAGCACCCGGCUCAUUACGGUUCAUGUUGCUGACGUCAAUGACAACGCACCUCGAUUUAUGGAGCCAGUGAUCAAUGUUCAUGUCAAAGAAAAUACCCCUGUAGGCUCAGUUAUUUCUAAAAUAAAUGCAUUGGAUCCAGAUCAAGAUACUAAUGCUAAAGUUAGCUAUAAAUUACAAAGUUCCCCAAAGAAUAUUCAUAUUUCAUCCGUUUUAAAUAUCAAUUCAGAGACUGGAGAAAUAGUCAGUCUGCAACCUUUCAACUAUGAGGAGUCGAAGAUGUUUCAGUUUAAAGUUCAGGCCACAGACGCUGGUGUUCCUCCUCUCAGCAGCAACGUGACUGUCAACGUUUUUGUUUUGGACGAAAAUGAUAAUAAUCCAACAAUACUGGAGCCCUAUGCGGAACAUGGUUCGGUUAACACUGAAACCAUCCCCUACACUGCUGAAGCUGGAUACUUUGUGGCCAAGAUCAGAGCUGUGGACGCAGACGCUGGAUACAAUGCACUGCUUUCUUAUCAUCUGACUGAGCCUAAAGGAAACAACUUGUUCAAGAUAGGAACCAGCACUGGGGAAAUCAGGACUAAGAGGAGAAUGAGUGACAAUGACCUGAAAUCUCAUCCCUUGGUGAUUUUGGUUUCCGAUGAUGGAGAACCUUCUCUGUCAACUACCAUGUCUAUUGAUGUGGUUGUGAUUGAAAACACAGCUGACAUCCAGACUCAGUUAAGAAAUGUACCUUUAAAAGAGGACAACUUCACGGAUUUGAAUUUGUAUCUGCUGAUCGCAAUUGUGUCGGUGUCAGUGAUCUUUCUGCUGAGUCUCAUCAGUUUAAUAGCUGUGAGAUGCCACAGAACUGAUGGCGCUUUUAGCCGAUACAGCGCACCUAUGAUCACCACCAACCCUGAUGGGAGCUGGUCUUAUUCUAAAGCUACUCAGCAGUAUGACGUUUGCUUUAGUUCGGACACACUGAAGAGUGACGUGGUGGUGUUUCCUGGCCCGUUUCCACCUGUAGAUGGUGAACUGAUCAGUAUUAAUGGAGGAGACACUUUUACUCGGACUCAGACUUUACCCAGCAAAGAAAAGGUAGGCCAUUUUUGGAAUUCAGAACUAAAACAUUUGAUUAAAGACCAAAAAAGUGACAUGAAAAACCAUUCUGCACUUUGAAACAUCAUAUCACUGUAGACAAGUAUGCAGUAGUUAGAAAAUGAGUGAAAAAAAAUCUCAACAGACAAGCAAAGUAUCUUUUCUUGUAUAUUUAAUGCAUCCAAAAUGUUGGUAAUUAGUUGUAUAGUUGCAUGUUUAAUUGUAGCUUCACAUCCCCUCAUGCAGUGUUGUAUAAAUGAUUUAACUAACAAUUGCAGGAUGACUUAAAAUGUUCCGGGGCUUCGUGGUAUAUUGUCACUCUUGUGUAAACA